AUGGAUCAGUUACCUGAAGAAUUGCUCUUGAGAAUACUGUCGUUUCUGCCUACAAUGAAAGAAGUUGUGGCCACAAUGGUUUUGUCAAAACAAUGGAAGUCUCUUUGGAUGUUUGUGCCAAAACUUGUAUACGAUGAUAGCUAUAAAGACAUUGAUUAUGAAAGAUUUUCCCGCUUUGUGGACAGGUCUUUGUUUCUGCAUGAGGCUCCAGUUAUAGAAACUUUGCAGUUUAAACUUGGUCAAACAUGUGGUGCUGAAGAUAUUAGAGUCUGGAUUAGAGCUGCAGAUAAGUGUUCUGUGCGUGAACUGCAUAUCCAGUUCGUCAGCCCUUCUAGUGCAUCUCCAACCAUACUUCCGAGGAGCUUGUACACAGGGUGCAGAAUGCUUGUUACCUUGAGACUAGAUAACGCGGUUCUUGUGGACGAUGUUAGUUGUCCAAUUUCUUUCCCUUCCCUCAAAAUAUUAAAGCUCGUAUCCUUGAAGUAUCCAGGUGGUGAUGAAUUUGUCAACAAGCUUUUAUCAAGUUGUCCUGUGCUUGAAGAAUUGGUUGUGAUGCAGUGUCCUGAUGACAAUGUCACUGUUUUCACCGUUAGAGUGCCUUCUCUAAAGCGUCUACUCAUGUGCAAAUCAUUAGAAAAAGAUAGUGAUAAUGCACAUGGUUUUGUGAUAAAUGUUCCUUCUUUGGAGAUGUUGGAGAUACUUGAUUUUGCGAAUGGGUUUUGUGUCAUUGAGAAUGAAAUGCCUAAUAUUGUAAAAGCAACUAUUGACGUUAAUCAGACUCAUAUUGGGUGGAAUAUUCUGAGUUCUAUAAUUAUGUCAGUCAAACGUCUCUAUUUAUGUUUAUCAACCUCCAGGAUGCAUAUCAUGUUGGUAGUAUCUUCCACCAUCUUGUAG